CGCGUUUCAGAAAAGAGCAACACGAUAGAGGACAUGGGGCGGACGGACACGAGGAGAUAGCGCAGCAACCGAGAUGAUGGGCAUGGCGGUUCUCGACCUCGACUGUCCAGUUCCCUGGCCGGGAGAUCCGCGACAUGUCGAGAGUGAAGACAGGGUGGAAGGUUUAUACGAAGAAGACCAGGACAGGGCUUGGCUGCAGCGGCGAUACGCUGAGACACUCUGGCUGGGAGAGCAACACUCGCCACUGUCGGCCUUUCUGCAACACAUGGCACACCUCGUCGAUCGCAAGGGACCCUCGGAAAGCUACGGUAUCCUCGUGGGCCACCUCAAGGUCAGAAGUGCGGUUAAGCGGCGUUAUCAUGAGGAGCUGAGCAGCACCGGUGUGCUCUUGGAUGCGCUCCAGUCAAGGACAGACGAGGACGUGGAGAAGGGCGUCAUUCGACACGCACUCUCAAGCGGACCUGCGGUUGCCGUGGCCAAAGAGCUCAGAAUGGACGGCUCACCGUCGUCAUCAUCGACGCAGGGAAAGUGGACAAAGCGGUGGCUCGACGCCAUAGAGGCGAGAGAGCUCGAAAUGCAGAUGCUCCUCGUCCUCUUUCUCCUCUGGCUCAGUGCCGAGCACCCCUCGCUGGCGUCGGCUGCGAUGCAGAAGACGGCUUCGAGCGAGACAGCGCCCACAACGCCAGGCAGCGAGCUGGGUACCACGGGCCCUGACAGGGAUGACAAGCAGGACGGUAAAUCGGGCAGGCAGCGCAAGCGCAAACGUAAAGCGCAGGUCGCCCGACGCUGGAAUGGCUCCAUGAUGGCUGGCUUUCCCUGGGGCAGCAGCAGCAGCAGCCACACGCCUCCCGGUGCAUCGCCGGCCAAGCAUACAGGUGCUCUCGAGGACCCGGGGACGGAGCCCGAGACGCUGAACCGCCGCUUUGAGGCGCUUGUCGACGCCAUCUGUCUCUGCGUCGUCACAAGCAGCCUCUCUCUCGAUCUUGGCCUGGCUUCUUCGAUGCAGCCGACGCCGCCGUCUGCAAGCAGGAAGUCGCCCAGCCGGACCAUGCGAGGCAUGGGGCCACUCUUUGGAUCAGCAGGCAGGCCCAAGGGCUUCCGCGACGAGCGAGAUGAGGUGCAGUGGCUUUGCUCUGACGUCGUCGAGCCCUUUUUCUCGGACAAGUUGCCCAGGCAGUGUCGCCUGAUGCGGUCAAAGUGCUUCGUCGCUGGCUCAGGCAGCACGCCUGCCCGUCCUGUCCGCACGUCGAGCGCAUCGGGAGGAGCUGCGUCUGUUUCCACCGCGACUGUCGCUAAUGCUGCAUCGGCUGUGGCAUUGGCACAGAGUGAGGAGCAAGAGACGGACCUCGUCAGGCGACACAGGGCGCGUGAAUCGGCUCAGGAAGCCCAGCGGCUGGCCAGAGAAAAGCAGCGGCCUGGCCUGGUGGAGGCUCUGGAAAGGGAGCGGCAGCGGGGCGAUGCAAAGAGCGCAGCGAGGAAUACGGCAUCCCGAGCGAUCCAGAGGCUCGAUGCGCGCGAAGUCAGCGUUCGCAGGAGGUGGGAAAGGGCGGCGACGGAGGACGCGCCGGCAUCUGGCCGCUGGGCAAGAUCGACGAGCGUGCCCAACAACGCCUUUGCGGCAGCGGCGGGGGCAGCGGCAGCGGCUGGUGGACAAGGCGCUUCGUCCCAAUCUCAGUCGGCCCUCGUCCGGAAGAAGCCACUGGCAGUCAAGCGCGCCAGUGCUAUUUCUCUCGGCGAUGUCAGCUCCGACGAGGACGAGGAUGGCGGCGGAGGCGGCCGAGGCGGCGGCGAGCAACGCCAGACGGGUCAGCCACAGUCUCAGACGCUGGUCAUGGCCACGCCGCAAAAGGCAAGAAAGAUGUCGGCGUCGGCAUUGCCAUUUGGCCGCCUGCUUCCUCCCCCUUCCUUCUCGGCAUCUUCAUCCCUGGCGCCUGUCCUGGAUGCCAGCGACAGCGAGGGAGACGACGACGACGAUGACGACGGCGAACGAGUCCUGCCGCGGCUGCUGAGCCAGGCGGCGCAGGAUGCAAUUGCAGACGAGGCCGACGACGCGGCGCGGCCCGCCGACGACUGGAAGCGAAAGAUCGAGGCGAUGCGGCUGCGCGAGACACGGCGGCCCUUUGCGCGGUCCGAGUCACAGCCCGUCGUAAAACUCAACGGUGAUGCUGGCGCUAGCUUCGUGGGGAGCAGGAAUGGCGACGGGAAGAAGGGCGAGUGGGAGGACGAGGUGGAGAUGAUGGUAGGCCGAAAGCGAAAGGCAAUGGCGCUGGGAAGGAGCGCCGCUGCCCUCCUGUCCUUUGGCUCCUCGGCUGCUGGGUCAAAGCCGGCGGGGCUGCCGCCACUGCCGCCAGUGCUGCCCACGGGAAGAAACCCGUUUGCGGCGACAGGGACCUCAGCUUCGACGAAGGUCUCUCCCGCUGAGCUGGGAAGGGCCUGGAGAGGGGCACAGCAAGCGGAAGAGUAGAUGUACGCUAUUCAUUCUCUAGGAGAAAGUGAACAGAUUGUUUGAGAGAAUGCUAUUG